ACGUCCGCAGACGUCAGUCGCCAGCAAAAUAGAAAAAGGAAGGCGGCGGCGGAGGACCGAAGAUAAAUUCCGUCGCGGCCGCCUCUGCCUUCCCCCUUCUCCCCCAACCAGUCCCAACCCCGUCGCCGCGUCGCGGGGAGGAGGAGGCCGGCGGCGGCGCCAUGGAGAAGGGGUUCGAGCGCCACCACCACCUGCUGGGCGGCGGCGGUGGGAAGAUGAGGGGCGCGGCGGGGCUGAUGGGCCUGCAGAAGCAGAACUCGUGGUCGCCCGACAUCGAGCGGGACGAGGCCUGGGAGCGCCGCCGCCGCGGCCUCAUGCGCCGCGCGCCCUCGUCGUCCUCGCUCAGCCGCGCGCAGAGCGUCACCGACGACGACCUCGACGAGCUGCGCGGCUGCCUCGAUCUGGGCUUCGGGUUCGAGCUGCCCGCGUGCGCCGCGUGCGGCGAGGGCAGGACCAGGCUCGUCGAGACGCUGCCCGCGCUCGACCUCUACUACGCCGUCGCCGUCAAGGGCGGCGGCGGCGGUGCGGGUACGGAGGGGCAGUGCGCGGCGCCGUGCACCUGCGGCGCCUCGUCCGAGGCCUCCGACCCGUCGCCGAUCGGGAGCCCCCUCUCCAUACUCUCCCCAGACGACCCGCCGGAGACGGUGAAGAUGAGGCUGAAGCAGUGGGCGCAGGUGGUGGCGCUGUCCCUGCGCAACCGUUCCUGAACCACUCACCGCACCUGGUUCCAAUCUUGCGUCCGGAGGAGGGAGAAACGAAUAAAACUCACAAGAAAAGAAUCCUCC